AAAUAAAAUUGUAUUUUUAAAAAUGUGAGCUACUUGCCAUUGGUUACUGUCUUCCUUUCCUGUAUUCCUAGCAGUAGGCAUUUAUGCUGAUUCCCAUUCACUACCCAGUUGCCAUCCCAACAAUCUCUGGAUAGCUUGAGGCUUUCAAUAUAGGCAAUGCUUAAAUGCCUUUUGUUCAUUCAUUUUAGAUCCAGAGAUUUGGAGGGCUCCCAAACUCAUGAUCUGUGGAACUGAUCAGAUCAAAAUUUGGGGGGAGGGCACUACCCACAUGCCAGUAAGAGGUGGCUGAGCUACGACUGGCCAGAGGAGUAAAACAGUGGUUUGGGCUGAAACAGCAGAGGGUAGUUGUGAUGAUCCUGGGUCCCCCAUAUUCCUGGGUCAUUACAGCUUUGCUAAGCCCCUGUACCCCCAGACUGGGGGAACUGCUUCCCACUUAAUAAACCAUUACUCAUUUCCUGUUUUUCCCUCCUACUUAGGUUUGGGGUGGGGUAGGAGGGAUGGAGAAAAGCUUUUGUUUUUUCCUCGAUCAGCUGCCGCAUUUUGGAAGCUUUAUUUCUUUGUUUUCAUGCCUUUGCCAUUUACAAUCAUGGAAAAACAGCAACUAAACGAGAUGGUCACCUGCCUUGUGUUUGUGGCUUAAAAUACGCCCAACAGGACUGAGGCAGGAGAAUUUAAGGCCGAAAGGGAACAGAGAUUUCCCCGUUUGUUUGCUUCUUCUCCGUGUAGGCUGGAUAGGGAACUGAGGCAAUGAAGAAAUAGAACCUUCGUUUGCUAUUCUGAAUAAUUUUCCAGAGUUCUUCUGAAUAAGCUCACACUGACCUCUGGACCUUUUCCUCGAACCCAGAGAGACAGAGUUGACAAGCCACAGGUGACGGUGGAGGGAGGAGGUUGGUGCCCGCGGUGCCCUUAGCUGAAUUGGCCGUCGCUAGCUUUGCCUGGCGCUGCUGUGGGCUGCACCUCGCUAUGGCUUGCGGCGGUGGAAGCUCGCACAUUAGGGCCCCGGGUUCUCAAGUUACAACGGCCCCAUUCGCCACACGCGCCUGCACCCCAGCAACAUUAGUCAAGUCAAGGCGCAGCGAGGUACCGGUUGGUAUGAGCAACGGAUCCAGUGAGGUGUUGACACUGUGUCCCAAGCGCUAUCAGGAGCCCACAGGAUGGAAGCAUCCAUCUGAAGGGUCACACCUCCCCAGAACUCGGGCAGAGCAAGCCCAAGCCUCAAAACGUCCAAUGCUGUCAAGUAACGUCACAGGGUCGGACAACUGAGCGAUGCGUCCCACGUGGGAACAUCAAGCUGGAGCAGCAACCCCUCGCCCUUACCCGAUAAAGUUCGGGAAACUACAAUCCCCAGAAGCCUCCGUGAUUUCGGUCCUUCCUCCACCCUUCACCCACCCUCUGUUGCAUAGCAACGGCGUGACGUGACCCGGGGACCCGAGUUGGAGCUGCUGCGGCAGCCGGCUUCAGUCUCAGCCCAGCGGGCUGACGGGGAGGAGUGUUUUCGAGGCCCAUCCUCCCAGUCUCUCUAGGCCUGGUCUCUCUGCGCAGCUUCUUCCUCACCCGGCAGCCGCUCCCAGCCUGCAGGGGUGGGGAGGGCGAGAGCGGCGCCGGAGGAGAGGGCGAAGAAAGCAGGAGCGCGCAUGGCGAUGGCAGGCGCGCGGCGGCUCCCCGCUGGAACGCGCGCGGCGGCCCGGCGCUGCUGCUGCUGCCUCCGACCGGGCGCGCGCCCCGCCCCGCCCCCGGGCCCUCCGCGAGGGCUGCAGCCAAUGAGGCUCUUGUCUACCUGCAGCCUCUUGCUGCCCAGAGCUGCCCAGGCCCUGUGGGCUGAGGCCGGCCUCUCCCACAGCCGCUCUUUUAUGGGCUUUGCUGCCCCAUUCACCAACAAGCGCAAGGCCUACUCCGAACGCAGGAUUAUGGGGUACUCAAUGCAGGAGAUGUUUGAGGUGGUAUCCAAUGUCCAGGAGUACAAGGAGUUUGUGCCUUGGUGUAAGAAGUCCUUAGUGGUGUCCAGCCGGAAAGGUCACCUGAAGGCCCAGUUGGAGGUUGGCUUCCCACCUGUCAUGGAACGUUACACCUCAGCUGUCUCCAUGGUCAAACCUCAUAUGGUCAAGGCCGUCUGCACCGAUGGCAAGCUCUUCAAUCAUUUGGAGACAAUCUGGCGAUUCAGCCCUGGGCUUCCUGCCUACUCCCGCACUUGCACUGUGGACUUUUCGAUUUCCUUUGAGUUUCGAUCACUGCUACACUCUCAGCUGGCCACCAUGUUCUUCGACGAGGUUGUCAAACAGAACGUUGCUGCCUUUGAGCGCCGAGCCGCCACCAAGUUUGGUCCGGAGACGGCCAUCCCCCGUGAACUCAUGUUCCAUGAGGUGCACCAUACAUGAAACCAGCCCCAGCACGGAUUCGGUUGGACACACGUGCCACCCUCUGGGGCAAGUCUUGUUUAUAUCUGCCUCCCUGCCCUAAUGGUUCUGGCUCUCCAGGGAGAGAGAACUCGGGAAUCUGGGGUGAGCUUCUCCAUCAGGAGAGGCUGAGAGUAAGGGAGAUCCCUAAAGGUCGGCUAGCCUGUCUCCUGGGAAAUGGAAUCAGAAUAGCUGGGAUUUUAGAUCUUGGGUUGUGUCUUGUGAGCUAGGGCUAACUUACGGUUGCCUCCGUGUCUCUAGAAGGGUAAAGCAAUGCCAGGUCUCUCUUAUUUAUUAAGGAGCUAAAGGAAGAGGGGCAGUCCUUUAGUGUCUCGAGAAGAAGCCUUUUGAGGAAAAAGUAACUUUCGGUUUGGAAUCCAGGCAUGAGGUACUACCUAAAGGCUGCUUUCCCAAAAGAGAACUCCCCCCCGCUAAUAUAUAUAUAUGUGGAAAUCUCUUUAUAUAUAUGUAAUACAGGGUGUCAGAGGAGUUCUUGUCCCCCUCUCGGGGGAAGAAAGGCACUUACUCUUGGUCUGUCCCUUUCUUCCACCUGGGCUGAGUGUUUUGAUGAAGAGCCAAUAAACCAAUUGUGUGAA